CAAAGACUGUGCUUUAUCUUACAUGCAGACAGACAAGGCAGACAAAUCAGAGCUGAAGCAUCCAGUGAGACUUAUCAAACACUGAGCUGCUUGGCAUCCCCAGUCUCUGCAAUUCCUCCCGAGGUGACUCAGGUGUGUGUCAGGUGUCAGCGGACUGCCAGCAUGUCCUACUUCAUAGUCUACGUUGUUGCACUGAUGCUGCUGACUGGUACUGCUGCCACAAACCACACAUUUACCAGUUCUGGGGAAAUGAACAUCGCCUCGUGCCCCAUUACCUACUAUGGACAGACAUAUGAUAAAGUUUAUGUGGCCUUCAAUGCGAACAAAUUCACAGUGUGCUUCAAGGGUUUAUACCAACCUGGAAAGGAAAAUGACUGUAUUGUGAUGUCUGGAGGGACAGCUGACAGAGGCGACCUGUCAGUACUUACAAAAGACAUACCAACUGGCUCUGGGGUUCAUAAACUUCUCCCAAACCUUAAGUAUGCUGGGAAAUGUGUCAACAUAAUACCAUUAAAAGACAGUCAACAAUCUCAAAUUGAACAACUUGAACUUGGAAACUUUGGUUCACAAGCAAUUCUGGCAAUCAAGACAUAUCCUGGGUACACAAAUGCUGCUGUUGUAGCAGAUUCACAAGUCAAUGGCCUUACAGUUUCCAAACAGUCAUUCCAGACUAAUGAAACAAACAAUGGAGUCAUCACAGAUGUGAGUGGAUGCAGACUCUCAGGUACUGCUUAUAAGACAAAUACAACAGUGAGGGACCCAAACAUUUGUUCUACCGUAACCUGUGAUGUGAGCGGAGUUGCUAGUGCCAUUAGUGAUUGUGGUCCCAUGGAGCAUUGCCAGGGCAAUGGAAGUUGCGUCUUAAACACCAUGUGCACUGUGACCGGCUCCACUGUCAUUGAUUUCAUUGGAAGAGUCCACUCUGUCCCAGACAGGUGUGGGUACACUCUAAUGAGGUCUACAUUGGGCGUCCCAGGCGUCAAGUUGGUGGGCAUCUUCCAGGAAAGACGCCGUAAAGAUGUUAGUUUUUUGGACCGUGUCAUACUGCAGAUGGACCAGGCGGGUGUUCAGAUUUCCCUGGGACAAGGCGGCAGAGUUCAGCUGAAUGACAAAGUGCUGAUGGUCAACACCACAGCACAGGUGGUCCACGGUGUGAUGCUGUCUAGAGACCAAACAGGAGUGACUGCUAAGAUCUCAGCUUCCAACAACAUGGUUUCUGUCCACUUUGAUGGCUACACAGCACAAAUCCACAUAACGGGACCAAGUGGAGCACCUGUGCAGGGUUUAUGUGGCAAUUCCAGCUGGUCUUUUAGUGGAGAAAGAGUCUCUGAACACUCUGCUAUUGACUGUGAGACGCAGUAUGAUGAUGAUGCUAACAGUACAAUUAACUGCAACACCACAACUGAAUGGUGUAAUAUCAUGAAGCAGGCUUCCUUCAUUGCUUGCAACAAGCACAUCAACCCAGAGCCCUUUAUAACUGCCUGCACAAGAACUUUGUGCAAAUACCCUGCAGUGGAUGGUCUGAAGUGCCAGUUCCUGGAGGCCUAUGCCAGGGCCUGCAGCCACCACAGCAAUGUUACAGUGGACAGCUGGAGGUCAAGCACCAGCUGCUCUGCUGUCUCUCAGGCCUUUUGUUCGGACAGGUUUUGCAGUGCUCAUGAGUUCUGUGGUGACAGUAUCAAUCAUGGGGAACCUCGUUGUCUCUGCCGGGCCAUUUUUGCCUCUGAGUACAGAUCAAGCAAUACUUUUGGUGAGCCGACAGUCUGUGGGCAGAACUCAGCUUCGAUAACUAUGGCUAAUUGUCUCUUAGAGGAACAAAACAUUGACUACUCUAUCCUGCACCUCAAUGACCAGGCCUGCACAGGUAAAAUGGACCACCUGACCCACAUGGUGACAUUCAAUUUUGACAGCAGCAACAGUUGUGGUGCGGUGGCCAUGGUCAAUGGAAGCCAAAUUAUCUACAAGAACUCCAUCAUGACACGAAACAGUUCCAUGUCUGGCCUCAUCAACCGACAUGACCGAGUGCAUAUUGACUUCUCCUGCCAUUACCGUCAGCCAGAAACAAAGAACUUAGCCAUCAGAAUCAAAGACAGCUCUGUGACCCAGCAGAUUAUUUCUGGAGAAUGGUAUUACAACCUGAGUAUGAAUGCUUACACCAACCCUGAACGCAACAAAGCUAUCCAGCCAGACACCUAUAUCGAACUCAACAAGAAAAUUUGGGUGGAGCUGAAGACAGAGGGGCUGAAUGAAGAAAUGAUCCACCUGCUGACUGACUCCUGCUGGGCAACUGACCAGCCUUUGCCAGAUGGAAGCCUGAGAUAUGACCUUGUCAUCAAAGGCUGCCCUAAUCCUACUGACAAGACAGUGAAUGUGGUCGGCAAUGGACUUGGAACGUCCAACUUUUUCUCUUUCAAUUUGUUCCAGUUCACUGGCAAGACUACUACUGACAUCUACUUUCACUGCAAAGUAGAGCUGUGUGUCAGGGAUGGUAACACAUGUGCACCGAGGUGCAGCCAGGCUAACAGAAGCCGCAGAUCUGUCACGUCAAAAUAUGAAAACCCUGCCUUCAUCACCCUUGCCUGGACUUAUUAGGUUUCCAUGGAGACUGACCAUCAAGUUCAAGACCUAUAAUGAUUCCUGUGUUGGCUUUGUCCUGAUGAAGAGUCCUGGAUUAAUAAUCAGUGCUGUGAAUCAAUACCAGCGCAUAUGUAUCACUUUAAUAAUCAGAAAGGCACACUGAUCUUUCUUCUGCAUUUUUAUUUUUUGGUUUUGGGUGUUCUGUGAGGAUAAUGAUUUGAAGAAGUUGAAGUAUUGGAAAUGUACUGAUUUGAUUAGCAGCAUCUGACACAGGAAAACUGUCUCAGCACCUGAAAGAAAACACCUACCAAUAACAUGGAUUGGUAUGUUGAAUGUUUCAGUGGAAUGCAUGGCUUCCUUAGUGAUUUCCAGAUAGCAGACAAAGUUGAUUUCAUAAGGUUUUAUAUCAGUAAGAGGGAGGGUGACAGUCCCAGCAUGAUUUGGGACAUGAUGUGAUGAUGUGAUUGUUGGAACCAGAAAAGAACUGCAUUUUCAGGGAUUUUCUCUUAUAGGCAGGCGCUAUUCUUGGUCUGGAUUGCAAGGCUUUGCAAACAAACCAGGAACCUUCUAUGGCCUCAACAAAAUCAAAACACACUGUAUUAAUGCUUUUUCUACCUUUUAUUAUAAUAGUGUGAAAUCAAUAAAAAACAUAAAUGUAUUAAACUAUUACAUGAGA